UUCAUGAACUCACAACACGACCAACAACGACGACGAGCCGCCUGGAGCCGCCGAUGACGAUGACUGUCAAGGCGCUCACACCAUCAGCCCGACACAGACACAGCCCAGACAGCCGAUAGGUAGAUACUACACGUCCACGGCACACGGGAUAGUGAAUGAUAAAUAGAUACAAACAUGUGUAGUUUGUAAGAUUUUUAACUUAUUACGCUUAAAUUCCGUUUCGUAAGUACACCUCGUAGGUACUUACUUAUUUAUCGCGCAGGGCAGCUAAUCUUCGUUCAUCGGUAGUGUAUAAGAAGACCGUGAGAAGAGCAAAGGAUAUUUAUUUUAAAAAGAGAACAGAUAUAGAAGAUGGAAGAGGAACGAGGAAACGUCGACGUUAGCACGAAAACGAUGGAACCGUUGCUCAAUGUACCGAAUCCAAGAGCUCUACAGCAAACUGUUCCUUCAGUACCUGGCCAAUCUAAAUCGCGAAAUCGACCAAGUAUGUUCCGUACUUUGGACACGUUCGAUACAGAAUUCUCGGCCGAUUCCGUCGAGUGGUGUCCCAUAGAUUCUUUCAAAGACGUAUUCGUCUGCGGGACGUAUGAGUUGUCGAAAACCGAAGACGAAUUAACGUCAAAACGUCUAGGUAGAAUUUACCUGUUCAGAGCAUCGAAAAAUGGACGUAUAACGUUGUUACAAAAGUUAGACGUACCCGCCGUCUUAGAUAUGAAAUGGGCACGCGUCACGUGCAGAAAUCAAAUUUUACUCGGAGUCGCAAACUGUUCAGGGUGCCUACAAAUUUAUCGACUCGAAAACGACGGAGACGAGGAGGAGGAGGAGGAGGAGGGGAAGAAAAAGAAGUUGGCAUUCUUAACGGAAAAAAGAAUCGUGAACACGGACGAAACUCUCGCGUUAUCUUUAGAUUGGUCUCAUAGCGGCAGCAGUACGUCGACGAACGACGAACCUAAUCCUAGGAUCGUAGUCAGCGACUCGAAAGGUGUCGUGUCAUUGUUCGAGAUGAACGGUGACGGACUCGAUCCAGUCUGUUCGUGGACCGCGCACGAAUUCGAAGCUUGGAUCGCCACUUUCGAUUAUUGGGACGCGAACGUAAUAUACAGCGGUGGAGACGAUUGUAAAUUCCAACGUUUCGAUGCGAGGAUAGGAACUCGUCGAGCCACUGCUUCCAAUCAGAUCCAUCGCGCCGGCGUGACGAGCAUUCAUAGCAACGCGACGAGAGAAUUCUUAUUGUCUUCCGGAAGUUACGAUGAGAUACUGAGAUUGUGGGACACGAGGAACUUUGAGCGACCCGUUUCACAAACGAAUCUACGUGGUGGCAUUUGGCGUUUGAAAUGGGAUCCUUUCGCGCGAAGAUAUUUAUUAGCGGCUUGCAUGUAUGGCGGAUUUCAAGUGAUCGACUGCGAAAACUCGGAAACUCCGUGCAUCAUUGGCAAAUACGAUGAGCACGAGAGCAUAGCGUACGGGUGCGACUGGUCUUUCCUGAACUGCGAACAAACUGCACGGGAAAUAAUCGAAACGAGUGAAGCGCAAAACCUCCUACUGGUGGCUACUUGUUCUUUCUAUGAUCACGCGUUGAAGCUAGCGUCGUUACGUCUCGAUACUAUGGUGAACGACGAGAGCUGUGAAGAGAACACCUACGCCUAAGAGCCUAGGGAACAGGCUCCUACGGAUCCUACGUCUACCAGCCAACGACCCGCUGCUGACCGUUCCAAAAAAGAUACGGCGUCGGGCAACCUGCUCCUCUUCUCGCCUGUCUCCUCCUGGUCGCCCCGCUUGAUUCCGCGGCCUCUUCUCGACGUAAUAAUAAUAAUCAUAAUAUUGUCAUCUAUAUGAAAUGAACUUUAACGAACUUUAAUUAAAUCAACUUGUAAAAAGAUCGUAUCUCUCUUUUCGCUCGAAAGAAAGAAAGUAAAAUGGUUCUUCUGAAAAGAUUUA